GAAAGGGGAGUGAAAGAAAAAAAGAAGAGAGCAAACGUCAGUUAUGUACAUUGUAUUUAUUACGUCAUCCUUUUUUUUUCAUUGACGAGGCAAAACAAGUUUCAAACGAUUAUUUAUAAUGUCAGUAAAGCAUAAAAAGAAUUAUUCAAGAGUUGUUUAAUCAUCAUUCUGUAAUAAUGGUCGCUUUCUGAAGUUUAUUCAGGAAAGUGAUGUGUUAGCGCCAAGAGUUGACUCUUUUUAAUCUAAUGCUCUGAAAUAAAUAUUCAUUCGCCUUUACGUGUUGGCAUACACAUCAUUAUCGAAGCUGUCUCUUCAACAAAUGCAAUUUCAUAUUUUUUAAAAUUAGAAUGAUUAUCCGAUAUCCAAUGAAAACCAAACAACUUGGAUAAAAAUAAUAUAAAUCUGAGACUGAUAGUAAACAAAUGCUCAUAUUAAAAGAAAUGUGGGUUUCGUUUGUUUAAUAUAGCUUUCUUAAUAUUGCUGAUUAGCAAAAUUUUUAAUUCUUCUGCUUCGACCAUCGUCCAUCCUAAUAUAUAUAUUAACUACUUAGGAUAGACGAUUUAAAUUUGCUGAUUACAUUGUAUGUUAAAUUGCUGCAACUUUAAACAUGUCCAUUGGUCGAAAAUCUUCAAUAGGACACGUGUGGAAGUCGGAAAAAGAAAAUGGCGAUAUCGCAGAUAAUGAAGACACAUCGUGUGGAAUCGGAGGUUUUCAUCCAACAUGGCUCCAGAGAUUCAACUCUCCAAAAUCAUUCCUGGUCAACAACGGACUUCUCGGAACUUUGAAUGGAGCCACUUUUACUCACUUCAUCGGGUGUAUAUCCACCCUGGAAAAACGCUAUGCCUUCGAAACACAGGUGACAGGUCUCAUUCUGAUGGCAGAAGAAUUGUGCCCAUUCCUCUUAGGGUUCUUAUUAGGGUACUUUGGCAGCCGGACCCACAGGCCGAGAUUCAUUGCCGCAUCAAUGUGCAUAUCGACCCUCAGCAGUUUCGUUUUGGCAGGUCCUUAUUUUUUGUACGGACCUAUACGGGACACAUCCGUUUUGAAGGACUACGUCAAUCAGACGGAUUUUCAGCUGUGUGGAAAUAGGGAAACGGAUGAACUAUGCAACAAAAGUCCAAGAAUUUUAGCUGUUUCGCUGCUUUUUAUUGGAUUAAUUAUGAAAGGAUUGGGAAAUACAGCUUUUUAUUCCAUAGGCACACCUUUUUUGGAUGAUAACAUUAACAAGAAAAAUACUGCAUUGUAUUUAGCAACUUCCAUGACACUUCAAUUGCUGGGACCAGCAUUAGGAUUUUUGCUCUCGUCCUUCUGCCUUCAAUUUUAUGAGGAUCCUUUCUAUGAUCCAGGAUUCGGACCGGAUGAUCCUCGUUGGGUCGGAGCAUGGUGGAUGGGAUUCGUAAUCAUCGGAAUGUUCAUGUUUAUCUUCAUGUUGCCAGCCUGGCUCUACCCUAGGCAUUUCCCCGGAGUGAACGAUAUAAAUUCAAGCAAGAAGAGAGUACUUACAUCUGUGAUCGAGUACUUAAAAGACAUGAAGACUGUUUUGAUUCGCUUGUAUAAAAACCCACUGCUUAUGUGUAACCAGCUGGGAACUAUCAUGAGAAUUAAUGCUAUCGAAGGGUACUACAUACUGAUGCCCAAAUACUUGGAAAUGCAGUUUAAGCAGUCUGCUUCCAUGGCUAAUCUUUUAUCAGGUCCAGUUGUUAUAGUUCUUAUGAUGAUUGGCAUCAUGGGUGGAGGAUUUGGAAUCAGCAAGUUCAGACCAAGUGCUCGAAAACUGACGGGGGGAAUUGUUAUCACACAAAUACUGACAGUUAUAAGUUUCAUAGCCUGCAUGCUUAUCAUGUGUUCAUCUACUGAAAGGUCGGGAACAGAUACAAUCGCGGGUUCAGAAUUCAGUCUAGAGAAUGAUUGCAAUCGUGACUGCUUUUGUACUACGAAGGCAUACACUCCGAUCUGUGAACCUGAUUCAAAAUCUGAGUACUUUUCUCCCUGCUACGCGGGUUGCAUUGAUUACAAGGAAGAAGAUGGCAAAAAGAUUUAUACUAACUGUAGUUGUGUUCAUGACGAAGCUGGAGAAUUUACACACGGUGAUGCUCAGGAUGGUUUUUGCGGAUUUCAAUGUCAAGGUUUAAUGGCUUAUGUUAUAAUACUUUCAGCUGGAAAGUUCGUUUUCUCGUGCCUUGGUGUUGCAAAUCCAAUAAUCACUCUCAGGGCUGUGGACCCCGCAGAUAAGUCAGUUGUGAUAGGCGCUGUCAGUCCUUUGUAUUCUCUGCUGGCUUUCUUCCCGUAUCCACUUAUCUAUGGAGCUUUAACAGAUUCCAGUUGUCAGGUGUGGGAAAAAAGUUGUGGCAAAACCGGAAACUGCUGGAUUUACGACCUGGAUGACUUCCGGUACAAGCUCCAUGGCGUGACCAUUCUGUUCCUUGCCCUGGCUGCCUUCUUCGACAUCUGUGUGUGGAUUCUGAGCAAGAAUCUCCACAAUCUUUAUGUUGAAGCAGAUUCUGCUGUUGUCGCCAACGAAGAGAGGGAAAUGAAUACUCUUGAGCAUCCAUCAAGUGAUACAGAAAUGGUUGAGAACAUCUCUCGGAGUGAAACAGAAUCAGAUCAGGAAUCAUCAGUUCUGAAGAAGAUAAAUAAUAGUAGUACAGAGAAGAUGGUUCCGUAGUAAAUUAAGCCCUCGUAUUACAAUCCGUACUGAACCAUGACCUCUCUCACGAUACUCUCUACUCCAAAAUCAUCUGUCAAGCGCUUUUGCUUUGAAAUUCCAUCGCUUUGAAACCAUCGAAUUCUCGAUCUUAUCCGUUAUCUUUAACCAUGGCAUUACCCAUAGUAAAAUAAUAAAUACAAAAUUACUAACAAGCGAAACAAAGUGGAAAUAAAUCUGAAAAAUGGCUAAUAAUUUAAAAUUUGUCGUAAAUUGCUUUUUUGGAGUGGCAAAAAUGGACCAAUGUACAUUACACAUAGGAAAAAGUUAAAACCUGUUUUGCAUAUUUUUUUAUAAGAAAUAAGUGACUUUUAUUUUCCUACAAUUAUUAGAACAUAGUAAUACUAUUUAGCUUCCUUUACUUGCUAUCUAUUACGUGACAUUAUUAUGUUCGACUGAACGACAAAUUUGCAUGAUAUUCUUGUCUAAAGUUUACAGCAAAAUUAUUUUAAAUUGUAUUGAACUUGAUGGCUUACAAAGUUUAAAGCAAAUAUGCAUUACAUUUUUGCUCAACUUCUUGGCUUACAAAAUUCGCAGCAAACUUGCAUUCAAUUGUAGCUUAACUUGAUAGCUUAAAACGUUUACAGCGAAUUUUCAUUUUAUUGUAGCUUAAGAUUUAUCUCUAUUAUAACAGGUUUCUAAACAUGGUACUUUUUUAUUUGAUGCUACGUAGACUGAAGCCUUUUAGGCAUCAUCUUUCAAUAAGCCACUCACACUUUAUUUUUCAUUUUUUACCGUAAGAUCUUAAUAUUUCACAUAUUUGAAUGUCCUCAUUAGGAUAGUAUAACUAUCUCAAGAGUUUAACUAGAAAAAAAUAUCAUUUAGACAACUACCUCAAGAUUUCAAUAUGUGAACAACCAAAUCAACCGAGAAAUCAUCAUCCAUGUAAACACUCGCUUUGAAAGUGUUUUUGUUUUACAAUACAAAUUAAAUAAAGUUUUUCCAAUUAUGA